CGGCCUCUGGGACGCGGAGGGGCGGUGACGGACCUGGGACGUCUACCCUUCAUCAUGGACGCGGCCGAGGUGGAGUUUUUGGCCGAGAAGGAGCUGGUGACUAUCAUCCCGAACUUCAGUCUGGACAAGAUCUACCUGAUCGGGGGGGACCUGGGACCGUUCAACCCCGGCUUACCCGUGGACGUGCCCCUGUGGCUGGCCAUUAACCUGAAACAGAGACAGAAGUGCCGUCUGCUACCUCCAGAGUGGAUGGAUGUGGAGAAAUUGGAGCAGAUGCGGGACGAGGAGCGGAAAGAGGAGACAUUCACCCCAGUGCCCAGCCCACACUACAUGGAGAUCACGAAGCUCCUGCUGAAUCAUGCUUCUGACAACAUUCCCAAAGCUGACACCAUCCGGACACUGAUCAAAGAUCUGUGGGACACACGCAUGGCCAAGCUCCGGGUAUCUGCUGACAGCUUUGUGCGGCAGCAAGAGGCACAUGCCAAGCUGGACAACCUGACCCUGAUGGAGAUCAACAGCAGCGGGGCCUUCCUCACCCAGGCCCUCAAGCACAUGUACAAACUCCGUACAAACCUGCAGCCCUCCGAGAGCUCUCAGUCUCAGGACUUCUAGCCAGAGGCCUCUGGUCCGCAAACCUUUGCUGUGUCUGAUGGAGUGUGGGGGAAGGGUGUGAACACUGGUGGAGUGGCAAGUGUGCUACCCGUCUUUGUCAGAAGUCAGCAAGUUCAACUCCAUGGAACGGAUACGCCGCCAACUUUGCUCUUCUGCCCAUAUUUCUCUUGUGACCAAGGACUGCACGCCAAGCACAGCGAGUGGUCGGGACAGCUCAGUUCACCUCAAGUGUCUUCAAGCUUGACCUGUGGAAAGCUGUAUGUAGUUGAGGCUGGGGUGGUGGUGGUGGUGGUGGUGGUGCCGCUGAUACAGAAAGACUUUCGUCUUAACAUGAUUUAGGAAGAUUUUAUUUUUGGGAUGUCAGAAAUUACAGCAAUAUAUUCAUAAAUACCUAAUUACUACAUUCAACAAAUAAUAUUACAAUACAGUUAAUUCAAACAAGUA